UGAUGUCCUGUCUUCUGAUGUAACUGCUAACCGGGGUAUAUCAUCAUCAUCAUCAGCCGCCGGUAACAUAGCGGAGCUCAAGACAUCCGUGUGUUGGAUGAUGGAGACGCAGCGGUAACAUCCGUCCACAGCAGCGGGACUGUCAGGCGGACACACGCCGGGGAGUGAACGCCGUGUGCGGGAGGACAACAGGAGGGACAGCCCUCACCCACCACAGCAGAAUAUUAAAACCCGACACUGACGCUAUCACCUCUGCUGUGAGGAUACACCUUUCACUGACAGCGAUGUUGCACACAGGAUUCUGCUCUUUACCGCGGAGAUCAGCGGAAUAACCGGGACUGCAGACUGAGUCAGAGCUGCAGGAAGACGUGUGGAAGCCAUCACUGGAGAUGGACUGCAGGUGUGAAUAAUGGUGACUCCCGUGCUUGCUGUUUGAAAAUGCUGCUUGGAUAGCGGAGCGACCAAGAGGAGCGUCUACCCUCUUACACUCCGUCCCCUCUGGACACACACGCGCACACACACACACACACACAGAGUCGGCCCAGUUCAAGCACAACCAUGCUGAUCAAGGAGUAUCGAAUCCCCAUGCCGAUGAGCGUGGAGGAGUACCGCAUCGCUCAGCUCUACAUGAUCCAGAAAAAAAGCCGAGAAGAGAGCUGCGGUGAGGGCAGCGGGGUGGAGAUCCUGGAGAACAAGCCUUACGAGGACGGCCCUGGAGGUUCGGGUCAGUACACACACAAGGUCUAUCACAUCGGGAAACACAUCCCGUCCUGGUUCUGUGCCAUUCUGCCUCAAGCUGCCCUUCGAGUGGAGGAGGAGUCCUGGAACGCCUACCCCUACACACGAACCCGGUAUACCUGUCCCUUUGUAGAGAAAUUCUCUAUAGACAUUGAGACAUAUUAUAAACCAGAUACUGGAAAUCAAGUGGAUGUCUUCAAUAUGUCCUCUGCUGAAAAGAGGCAGAGGACUGUAGACCCCAUAGACAUCGUAAAGGACUAUAUCGCUCCUCAUGAGUACCUGGUGGAAGAAGACCCAAAGCUGUAUCAGUCUGUUAAGACUAAACGGGGUCCACUGUCAGAGGACUGGAUCGAGGAGAUCAACCAGAAUCCUGGUCAGAACCCUGUCAUGUGUGCCUACAAGCUCUGCAAAGUGGAGUUCAGAUACUGGGGCAUGCAAUCCAAGAUCGAACGCUUCAUACAUGACGUGGGUCUGCGUAAAGUGAUGGUCCGAGCCCACCGGCAGGCAUGGUGCUGGCAGGACGAGUGGUAUGGCCUGACCAUCGAGGACAUCAGGCAGCUGGAGCUGGAGACCCAGCUAGCUUUAGCUAAGAAGAUGGCCCAGUACAGCCUCAAUGAAGAGGGCGGAACGGAGACCAACGGCUCCUCUGUCAGCCAGGACCAGGAGCCGGGAGCUGAGACCGUGGGAUCCAACGCAGAGGCAGAAGGAGGAGGGAAGCUGGGGGAUUCACUGGAGACGCGAGGGGAGCUCACCAAGCAGUGGUCAACAUCCUCUAGAUCCUCCAACAGGUCAUCAAAGAGAGGAGGUAGUCCAUCUCAUCAGAGCAUUUCAGAGUGGAGGAUGCAGAGCAUCGCCCGGGACUCAGAGGACAGUACGGACGAUGAGUUCUUUGAUGCUCACGAGGACUUUUCUGACAACGAGGAGAUGUUUGCCAAGGAGAUCACCAAGUGGAGCUCCAACGAUCUGAUGGACAAGAUAGAAACAAUAGAGGUGGAUGAAGCACAAGAAACUUUAUAUCAGGAGUCAGGCGGGGAGUAUGCCGUGAUGAGUAAUGAGGAGACACAAAUGGAGGACUGUUCGUCUCAGCAGUGUCUUCAGCCGUCCAAAAUUCACGUCCUCAUUCUGGUCCUGCAUGGAGGGAACAUUCUAGAUACUGGCUCUGGUGAACAGAACAGCAAGCAGGGAGAUGUAAACACGCUGAGUGGGGCCUUUGAGACCGUGAUGAGGGUCCAUUACCCCGCAGCGCUGGGACGCAUUGCUAUCCGUAUGGUCCCCUGUCCUGCUGUGUGUGUCGACGCAUUCUCACUAGUCUCCAAUCUGAGUCCCUACAGCUACGAUGAGAGCUGCCUGUCCAGCAGUCAGGACCACAUCCCGCUGGCUGCUCUGCCUCUUUUGGCUACCUCUGCACCACAGUAUCAAGACGCUGUAGCAACCGUCAUCUUACGAGCCAAUCAGGUGUAUAAUGACUUCAUCAAGUCUUUAGAAGGAGCAUCUUUUAAUGGCCAGGUUUGUGUUAUUGGGGACUGUGUUGGUGGUAUCCUGGGAUUUGAUGCUCUGUGCAGCAGCUCUGUGACGGUGUCAGAAAGUCAAAACAGCAGCAGACGGGGCAGCGCCGUCAGCGUGCAGGACACAGACCUUCUCUCUCCAGGUAUUGUCAUAAACAACGUCUCUCCUUCCUCGCCAUCCCUUGAAGGAAGCCGCCAUCUCAGCCGGAGCAACAUCGACAUCCCUCGCUGCUCGGGCCCUGACGACCCCAAGAGGCAACUCCCACGCAAGCGUAGUGACUCCUCCACGUACGAGCUGGACACCAUCAAACACCACCAAGCCUUCCUGUCUAGCCUUCACUCCAGUGUGCUCCACGGGGAGCCCGGGUCACGGCGCUCCAGCAACAGCACCAUGUUGGAGGGAGGCUCCUUGGGAAAGUUCGACUUUGAGGUGACUGACUUCUUCCUCUUCGGCUCUCCUCUGGGGUUGGUGCUUGCACUAAGGAAGACUGUGGUGCCCUCAUUAGAUGUGUCAGCUCUACGUCCAGCCUGUCAGCAGGUUUACAACCUGUUUCAUCCAGCCGACCCCUCUGCCUCGCGCCUCGAGCCGCUCCUGGACAAGAGGUUCCACCUGCUGCCUCCCUUUAGUGUUCCCCGCUAUCAGCGCUUUCCUCUGGGUGAUGGACACUCCGCUCUCUUGGUUGAGACCGUGCAGAGUAACCCUCAGCUUCUGAUGGAGUCUGGUGGUGCAGCGCCCCAGCGCUACCAGGACAGCAACAUUAAUGAGACCUCCAUCCCUGUGCCUGUUCUCAACUGGCCGACCUCGCAGCUCCACACAGAGACAGAUGCUCCUCACUCACAUAUUUUUGUCGAUGGCCAGUAUCCAGCGUCCACAUCGCCGGGGGUCCCUCACCUUCGCUUCAACCGCAGGGCCAGCGAGGCCAGCAUAGCCAGCCAGGUGUCAGGCUUAGCCGACUCUUACACUGCCUCCAACAUCGCCACGAUUGCUUCUCGGUGGUGGGGCAGUAAGAGGAUGGACUAUGCCCUGUACUGUCCUGAUGCCCUGACAGCGUUUCCAACAGUGGCUCUGCCUCAUCUCUUCCACGCCUCCUACUGGGAGUCUACAGACGUCGUCUCCUUCUUACUGAGACAGGUGAUGAGACAUGAGAACUCCAGUGUUUUGGAGCUAGAUGGUAAAGAAGUGUCUGAAUUCACUCCAUCCAAACCUCGUGAGAAGUGGCUCCGCAAGAGGACUCACGUUAAAAUCAGGAAUGUGACAGCGAACCACCGUGUAAAUGAUGCUGUGUUCAGUGAGGAUGGAGCCCAGAUGGUGACUGGGCGUUUCAUGUAUGGCCCCCUGGACAUGGUUACCCUCACUGGGGAGAAGGUUGACAUCCACAUUAUGACCCAGCCUCCCUCUGGAGAGUGGGUGUACUUUGACACAGAGCUCACUAACAGCAGUGGACGCAUCUCUUAUGUAAUUCCUGAGAACAAAAGGCUGGGUAUCGGUGUGUAUCCUGUCAAAAUGGUGGUCAGAGGUGACCACACAUUUGCAGACAGCUAUCUAACUAUUUUACCACGGGGAACAGAGUUUGUCGUAUUCAGUAUUGACGGGUCGUUUGCUGCCAGCGUGUCUAUCAUGGGCAGUGAUCCCAAGGUUCGAGCUGGAGCUGUGGAUGUGGUGAGGUACUGGCAGGACUUGGGCUAUUUGAUCGUGUAUGUAACGGGUCGUCCUGACAUGCAGAAGCAGCGCGUGGUGGCCUGGCUUUCUCAGCAUAACUUUCCUCACGGCAUCGUCUCCUUCUGCGACGGGCUGGUUCACGACCCGCUCCGACACAAGGCCAACUUCCUCAAAUCCCUCAUCAACGAGGCUCACAUGAGGAUCUUUGCAGCCUAUGGCUCAACCAAGGACAUCUCAGUGUACACGUCUAUUGGCCUGCCUCCGUUCCAUAUCUACAUAGUGGGAAGACCCACAAAGAAAAUGCAGCACCAGUGUCAGUUCAUCUCGGACGGCUACGCUUCCCACCUGUCCCAGCUGGAGUACAACCAGAGGUCUCGCCCUGCCAAGUCCGCCAGCACCCGCAUGGUCCUUCGCAAGGGCAGUUUUGGCCUGGGUGCAGCUGGAGGCGAUUUCCUCCGUAAACGCAACCACAUCUUUCGCACCAUCUCCUCUCAGCAGCCCGGAGGAGCGGGUUCGGCCUCCCCCAGCCAGCCGGGCCGGACUGAGCGAACGCUGAGCCAGUGCGAGAUGGAGCGGGAUCGAGGGGUCGCGGCAGCAACCCAGAGGAGUAUGAGUAUAGCUGCGGGGUGUUGGGGCCGCAGCGGGAGCACCAAGGAGGGCAGCGGAGGGUUACUCGGCCCUAAAUAAUUCAAAAGGGAGCCACAGUGAUAAAGGACCCGGCCUGAGCCACCAUGAUCUCUGGACUAGAAGAGAGGAGAAGUAAGGGGAAGUGGAUGGAGGGUUUGUUUUUUAAAAAUAAGAUGUAGGUGAGGGUUAUAAAAUAAACAACACACUUGAUUGGUUGAGAGGAGAAUAGGGAAGGAGGGAUAAGAGGGAUCUGUCCAGGAGGAGUGGACUAAUCAGACCAAGUGGGAUCCAGCGAUCAAACGACAGUUCUGUAGCAUGACUCUUUUACAGUAAUACUUUUAUAGGAUACAUCCUAACUAUUUAAAAAAUGACAAGGAAGGAUAAAGUGAAAUAUUGUAAGCCUUAAACUAACUUGUAUAACGGGACCCCCUCCCUCUCCCCUUUUCCAAACACACACAUAUACAGUACGCUGUCCAAGAAUUCAUGCUCAUGAGCUCAGGACAAACUGCAGAGCCAGAUUCAUCUUCAAACAGUCAAGCACGGGUUCUAGGCCACAUUAGUUUGGCAGCCAUGGUAAAUAUGCCAAUGACUUUCACCUCCGUUUCUGUCCGACUGUCAGCUGAGCGACAUGUUUAAAACACUCUACCCAGCAAUGACUGGCAAUAAGUACGAAAAGAAAACCCUCACAGUGCAAAAAGAUGGAAAGAAGAAGAUUAGGAAAUUAAAAUUAACAUAUUAAGGGGUCAGGUCUUCCAAAUUACAAAAAAAUAUCUUUUCCCUUUUACUCCUUGUGGUAUUUAGUCAUACAGAUAACUUUGCUUUCAUGUUUUUCUCUGACAUUUCUGCCUCCUUCAGAACUACUUUCCACUGAAGAAAUAAUCAGUUUUUCUUAGCAGUAUUAUUUUUUGACCACUUGAGGGCAGCAGAUAAAGCUGUAAACACAACACCGCCAUAUUGUCAUCUUACUAAGUGUACUAACUUUACAUGGGUAAAAGCAACAUUUGCCUAUUUACAUAUCCGGCAGACACAAAGCAAAUUUAUCAUUCUUUUGGAGAGCUGAUGAUGAUGAUGAUGAUUGAUGAAUGUCAUUCUCCUUUUAGCUCUGUUUUGGUCUCCAUCAGCUCCUGAGGGAAAUAUCUGCCUCUUUAGCUGCUAAAUUUAAUUCAUUUUUAUUUAUAUGGUGCCAAAUCAGUUAUCUCAAGGCACAUUCCAUAUAGAACAGGCCUAGACCAUACUCUUUAGACUGUUGAAUUAGACUGCACUAGUUUUAGUUUGGUGUUCCUGAUAAACUGUGUGUGGGACUGUAAAAAAUAAUAUAGAAAAAAAAAAAAAGAAACACAAAAAACCCACAUAGCUGACCCACCUUUAAUACAAAUAUAUUGAUCACUCUGACUCUGACACCCAAAAAAAUCCAUUCACCUCUGUUGUAUCAGGGCAGAAGCAGAGACUGAUAUCUCAAUACUUGGGCACAUAAAACAAAGAUUGCCUGCACAGCUAGAUACCACAAGAGAUAACAAAUUUAGAUUUUUUAUAAUUUGGGUGAAAUGAUCCUUUAAACAUGUGAGAGCUGUUUUUGGAAAUCUUGAAAUACUCUAUUAGAGAGAAAGGUCUUUGUCUUAGUCACAGAACUAAUGUGUUCAUCAUCGAUGUGCUACUUAUACUUACGUCUAAGUCGAACUGCUCGCUCCAGUUUCAUUCCACUGUGUGUGAGACUCUGUAGUAUUAUUCCCUUUCAGUGUGGCCUCUGGGCCGUCCAAGGCCUUAAUAUCCAACAAGACACUUAAUCCACAGAUGGAACAGGAAGCAGAAAAACAGGGCAUGCAGCAUUAAAGCAACAACUGAAACUCUGUACAGUCCACAGCAACAAUCCCUUUAUAUAUUCAUCUGCUUGCAAUACCUCUGAUCCACCUGCUGGUGGUGUUCUGUUUCCCACUUGUGCUGCUGCUGGUAGACACUCGGGUGGUGUUCCCCGGCUUUUUGCUCUUUUUGCUCAUAGGAUAUCGAACAGGAUGUACCUGGUGUUUCUGCUGAGGAGCCUGUUCCAUUUCAGGCUGGACACUUGGUGAGGGGCGCGGAGGCAGGAUUUCCACUUACACGGACCUGUGAAUCUUUCAGUAUUUUUACUAAAUGGACCGAAAAAUGGGCGGGAAGUGAUUCAGCACGAAUGUUGUAACGGCUGGAUUGAUCCUUGCAUUGGUGAAUGUGGCAGUGGGGAGAAAAUCACUGGUGUCCUCUCGAGACUCGGUGUUGCUUCUGUCUGCUGAGCUGAGCUGUAUAUUUUCAUUCAAAGGGACGUUGAAGAAGAAGCCACCUCACAUAAACACUCACUAAACACAAUGUGCACAAAAUGAAUUUCAACCCUCAUUCAUUAAAUGACAGGUUUUUCAAGCCCGUCUUAAGACAGUAGUCAGGUGCACAUAUGUACACUGAAACAGGUCCUGCCUUCUGCAAUCAUUCAUCCUGCCUAUACUGUUUCAAUGGAAGAGAUGGGGGAAGUUGUUCACUUAAUUACAGUGUGAACAUAAUCUGCAGUCUUGAUUAAACCCACUGAUGAAUAGAAAAAAAGAAAUGUUGUUUUAUUUUUGAAAAGUACUAAUAAUUAAUUGUAUUCAUUUGGAGGCAUGUUACAGUCUUAUGCCUGUAUGAGAAUAAUGAAAUGAAAGUGUUAGUCUAAUGUCUUGGGUUAGAGGGGAAAAGAAAGAAAAGCAGUGUUCCAAGGUGAAACGGCUUUUGA